GCAUGCUCCCUGUGUCUCCUUCACUGUGCCCUAUCUUUGCCAGGCCGGCAGAUGCUAGCUUUGACAGGGUGAAAAAGGACCAGACGCUUUGCAGAUAUCCAUCUCUCCUUGCUUCACAUCAUAAAAUCGGUACAAUGGCCGUUCCUCCUUCAUACUCAGACCUGGGCAAGGCUGCCAAGGACAUCUUCAGCAAGGGCUAUGGCUUCGGCAUCGUGAAGCUGGACUUGAAGACCAAGUCUCAGAGUGGAGUGAUGGAGUUCAACACAUCAGGUUCCAGUAACACAGACACAGGGAAGGCAGCUGGUAACCUGGAGACCAAGUACAAGAUGAAGGAGCUGGGCCUGAGCUUCAACCAGAAGUGGAACACCGACAACACUCUGGCUACAGAGGUCACUGUGGAGGACCAGCUGGCUCAGGGACUCAAGCUGGCUCUGGACACAUCCUUCGUACCAAACACUGGCAAGAAGAGUGGCAAGCUGAAGACUGGCUACAAGCGUGACUUCCUUAAUGUGGGCUGUGACGUUGACUUUGAGGGUCCCAUCAUCCACGCAGCCGCAGUGGUGGGCUAUGAGGGCUGGCUGGCCGGGUACCAGAUGGCCUUUGACACGGCCAAGUCCAAACUGGCCCAGAACAACUUCGCCCUGGGAUACAAGGCUGGAGACUUCCAGCUCCACACCAACGUUAACGAUGGGACUGAAUUUGGGGGUUCUAUCUACCAGAAGGUGGAUGACCAGCUGGAGACGGCGGUCACUCUGGCCUGGACGGCCGGCAGCAACAACACACGCUUCGGCAUCGCAGCCAAAUACGCUCUAGACAAAGAUGCUUCCCUGUCUGCCAAAGUGAAUAACGCCAGCCUGAUUGGAGUCGGUUACACCCAGAGCCUCAGGCCAGGUGUGAAGGUGACUCUGUCAGCCCUGAUCGAUGGGAAGAACUUCAACACUGGCGGUCACAAGGUUGGCCUGGGCUUCGAGCUGGAGGCAUAAAGCAGGAACAAGACCCACCAACCAAGAGAAGAGCUCAGAACCAAUCACACCUCCAUUCCCAACCACAUGCAAACCCUACCACAGCCCUUAUCCAAAACCAUCUUCAUGUAGCUUCUCCAUUCCUGCACCUCUGUCUCUCUCACACACACACACACACACACACACACACACACACACACACACACACACACACACACACACACACACACACACACACACACACACACACACACACACACACACACACACACACACACACACACACAUUAAAUGUUUAGGCAGGAAUAGUCAAACCCGUGGCAGCCAUGUCCGUCAUGACUGAAGUAGCUAAAUAACCUGAAUGAAUACUGAGAGACAUUCUGUAAUGUCAUGGUCAUUAUAUAUUCUAGUCCUUUGGUUUAGAUAGUUAGCUACCACUACCGUUCAUCUUGUUUUAAAGAAAGUGUUUCACUCUUAGAGGGGAAAGGCAGGCACAUAAGAUGGAUACCUCCCCUUUAACUGACGUUGUACAGAAACGCAGGGGAGUUUUGUCAUCUGACUGGUAACGGAAGAGUCACCUCUCAGUAGGGGUUUGGGGGAGUAGUCCUUGGGAAACUUGUAGCUCAUGUAUGCUUAUGUACGUGUAUAUAUUCCCCUUCGUCUUUCAUUGUAAACAUGUCUGAAUGAAUAUCUGGAGUAGAACGGAAGGCUUGGUAAGAAUGGAAGCUUCAUGCAUUUGAUGUCUAGUGUUCCCUCCGUCGGUCUGUUUCUUUUGUAUUGGUUUGAGUAUCAAAUGUUGUAUUUUGGUUGUGCUGUUGUCAGUCGUGGACCAUGUUAUCAGUUAAACUAGGUGUGAUCAUAGGAUGUUUUAGUGAUGUUGGACAUUAUGUACGACUCCAUUGUAUGUUUUCAUAUCACGGAUGUAAACCAUUGUUGGUUUUGGUCGGGCUGGGUGGAAAGAGACCGGUUAAAGCCAGAAGAAACAGGGUUGGCGUAAGAACUAUCUAAUUUCAGACCAUUUAUGUUUUAAUUCCUCAUUUGACUGAAGUGAGAUUUUAAUUGAGUCCAACCUUGAAGGAAUCCACCAUCUGCUGUUACUGUAACCACUGAACAAUAGGGGCGUCUGCAGGAGAGUUUCAGUAAGAUUAGUAUCGUCCGCUGAAUGCAGUUCUACAUGUGUCCCGAAACACUCAAAUAUUUUCCUCUCCUUUACUCGGUUGCCACGCUUCUGUAUAUGCCAGCUGGUAGGUGAAAAUAAUAUGGUGGAAUCUUCCAGUAGGUUAGAAUAGGUGGCAUUUCUACAGUGUUGCUUUCAUCUAUCUAGUUAAGAUCUGUGGUCACGUGAAGAGGGAUGUGGACAUGGCGCUAUUCGAGAGUAUUUUGAGCGACUCAUGAGUUAGAAUUUCUGUUCAGGGAUUUCAUUUAGUCUGUUCUAAAAUGAGUGUCUUGGUGCCAUUCUAGAAUGUUGUUGUUGUUGCUCAUGCUACUUUGGACCGACACACCUUCCUGGCUGCCAUCGGUCCCAUUGGGAGCCAAUCAACGCUCCCUGUCAUUCCCACUCUCUGUACAUAGUAUACAUAUUCUCCUCUUAGUUUCACCACUCCUACAGUCAGAAAACACUUGAAGGGAUCAUGUCAGAGACCGUUGUGUGGAACUCAACUGUUUCCUUUACCAAGUCAUAAACCAGUUAACCAUUUCUUUGUUUUCUUUCCAUUUGUUGACAUAAUUGUGAAUCACUUUGAUUUUGUGUGUUUAGACACAGUACCACAUUUUUUCCAACUUCAAGUAAUGGAAUUCUAAUAAAUAAACACAUUGACUUGA